UCGCCAUUGGUUACCGUUGUGUCAACAAAAAAAAGUUUUUCUCACAAAUGGCGGCCUCAUACAAAUACGAAUUCGCGAUGUUUGUUUGAGUUAAAUUUAAUUAUUUUAAGUGCUUUUCUAUUGUGAAUUUAAUUAUAAGUGAUGGGUAUGUGUUUUGGUCGGUUCAGACGGCGACGUAUACGUCGUCAUAUAGUUUUAAUUCUGAUCGGUUUGGACAACGCGGGCAAGACGAAAACAGUAAACAAUUUAGCCGGAGAAAACGAUGAUAAAGUUUUACCUACUGUUGGUUUUAAGGCUGUAAACCUUAUACAUAAGGAUACACCUGUGACGAUAUACGAUUUGGGCGGAGGGCCCCACUUUCGGCAGAUUUGGCCCCAAUAUUACAGCGAAGUUCACGGUGUGAUUUUCGUCAUCGAUUCUAGUGAUUAUACACGCUUGGAGGAGUGUAAAACUGUAUUAGAGGAGGUAUUAUCGCACGAUAAAAUAUCAGGCAAGCCAGUCUUAGUGUUAGCUAACAAGCAAGACAAGAACGGAGCUCUGGACGACCUAGAUGUAGUGGAAAAACUGAAUAUAGAACCAAUGGUUAAUAGAUACAGGUGUCCUACAUUAGUCGAACCCUACAGUGCAUCCACUGAUACCAAGUCGAAAAAGAUAAAAAUUGAUCCCGGACUCCGAAAAGGCUAUGAAUGGCUACUCAACUACAUCAUACGGAGAUACGGUGAUAUAAACUUAAGAGUCCAAACCGAUAUAUACAGUGAAUUGGAAAGAAGAAAGAGGCUUAUGAGACCGCCAGGAAAGUUAACACCGCCAGUAGAAAUUGAAAACGAUAUAUCCACCCAAACGGGUUUCGAGAACCCGAAUUUUGAGAAGUAUGACAACACAGUGAUAAUAGUCAAACCAGUUAAGCCGACUAGUAAUAACAGUACAAUCACUAUAGAGAGUUCCGAAGAAGCCAUCAAGCCGAAGCUGUCACCGUUGUUUGGGAGAGCGAGUAACAGUACCACGGAGACGGUGAAAAUUGAGCUGGAGCCGAGGAAUGAGUUCAGGAAACUAUCCCCGAUUGUCCGUAAAGGGGUCAAUCAUAUUGACUUCAAGCACCGUCCACAGUCGAGUCCAACUUUUAAUAGAAAUAAUAUAUCCAAACCGAGUAAAUCAUCAACGACUGGCAGCGUCAUGGACACCAGUCUCACAGAUAGGAACGUCUCAAUGGGUGAUCGGAAUCGAACCUGGGACCCCUCGUAUCUGCACAAGCCGGAGUCCGAUCAUAAGUUGGAGCGAGUAUCCACAACCAAGAGCGCCUCAUCUGACACAUGGCGCUCCGCCCCCCGGCCGGCCUCCGCCUCUGACACGGUGAGGAGACAGCUGCAAGCGGGCCAUAAGAGGAGACUUAGUUUGAGAUACACGCAACGCCACAAGACAAGUCCGGAGAACUCUCUGUUCCUAUACGAGCCGGGCAAGACGUACGGUAAAGGUGACUGUACGCAGGCAAGUGUCAAUUAGCUAUCUCUGUCUGUUUGUACGGGAUAGAGGAGGAUAGAAGAUGCGAGGUUAGAGUUUUUUUUAUAUAAAUUUUGAUAAUUGUUCAAGCAAAAUUUGGUAUAGUUCACAUAAUGAUUAUAAAGAAAGUGUAAAUUAGCUAUCUCUGUCUGUUUGUACGGGAUAGAGGAGGAUAGAAGAUGCGAGGUUAGAAUUUUUUUAUAAAUUUUGAAAAUUGUUCAAGCAAAAUUUGGCAUAGUUCACAUAAUGAUUAUAAAGAAAGUGUGAAUUAGCUAUCUCUGUCUGUUUGUACAAGAUAGAGGAGGAUAGAAGAUGCGAGAUUAGAUUUUUUUUUAUAAAUUUUGAAAAUUAUUCAAGCAAAGUACAGU